GAUCACACAAGAGUUAUCUGUCUUUAUAGCGAGUGUAUUAUUUUUGCUUGAAACUCUGUCACUGCACACAAAGCAAUUUCUUUCCGAGGAUUUCUGUGACCUUUUUUUCCUUUGUGAUUUCUUGCCAAGUAUUUAUUCAUCAUUUUUGUCUGUUUCUUCCUGGUUUCAUUAAUGGAAAGGAAGACAAGUCUUACAAAGUAACGAAGCUCGUAAAAUAGUAAGCUCAGAAGCUGUUCAUAGAGCCCUAACAAAAACCCAGAAAAACCCAGCUCCAACGUUUUGAGAAAAUUGCUUUCUACCAGAAAAGCUUCGAAUACUAAACCAGACAUGAAUUCCUCGUCGGAGCACAAAAGUUCUGAUGUACAAUUAUUCCUGGACAAGUUGACUAAAAACAAAUCCAAUAGCACUCUAAGUCAAUGUGACAACGGCAUGGGUUUAAGCCCAAUCCAGUUAUCAGAUAAUCCUCGGAUGAAAAAAACUAUUCAAUUAGAAAAUGCAGUACCAAGCACCUUAGCUACAAAAGAUCAAAAGAUAACAUAUAAUAAGGAAAAUUCUGCCAUUGAUAAAGAUACUACAGGCAGCCAAUUACAAAAAUGCCAAUCUGAAAAUAUCCAGCCUCAAAAUAUCCAGCCUCAAAAUAGUCAGCCUCAAAAUAUCCAGCCUCAAAAUAGUCAGCCUCAAAAUAUCCAGCCUCAAAAUAGUCAGCCUCAAAAGAAGAAAAAACGCAAAAAGGCAAAAACUAGAAAUAUAAAUUUGGACAAUGAUAUACAAGUCGACUUCUUGCCCCAGGAAUUACAAGCAAAAGCUUGUCAGAUGAAAGGCAGCCAGAUGAAAGGUAGCGAGAUGAAAGGCAGCCAGUUAAAAGGUAGCGAGAUGAAUGGCAGCCAGUUAAAAGGUAGCGAGAUGAAAGGCAGCCAGUUAAAAGGUAGCGAGAUGAAUGGCAGCCAGAUGGCAUGCGGAUCUUUAACAUUGUCUUUCAAAACAACCCAACAACAGAACUUAGGACAAAACAAGAGCGCAAUAAAAAACUGUCCACAUGUUAAAAAUUUUUAUCUCGGAGGUAAAAAUGGCCAAACUGGCGAUGUUGAACUGGCAUCAAUUUUACAAGAUUUUGAUACAGAUUAUCCUUUAAUUUGUGAAAACUGCGCAGAAAUGUGCCAAGUGGAAGAAGCCAAGAUUGCAUCGCAAUCCCACAAUCCAAUGCUAAAAUUAAAUUCACUUGGCAAAGAAUAUCGUGAAAAUAAUCAACCUGAAGAACGACUCAAAAUGUUGGAAACUAAAGGACCAUUUUUUAGUAAAGACGCAAUAUUGAAUCCAUCAACAGAACUUAAUCAAAAUAACUCAAAUGCAGCACCAAAGCCGAAUCCAGAUAAUUCCAAAGCAACGCCGAUGUCCAAAAAGAUGAAAUCAAACUUCUCACCAAGGUCUAACAGAACUAAAGAUCUUGCUGACGUAAUCAGCCCCAAAGCAGAAGAAAGAAGAAAGAUGUUCAUGUCUCUCUUACGUCUCUGGCCGGCUCGUGUUAAUGACGUAGCUCUUGAACAACACCAGAAGGUCAAGUACAUCACUAAACUAAGGGAAUCCCUACAGUACAUACGCUUCUUCCGGCCAAUCAACUACAGCGUGACGGAAGUGACGCUUGGAACGCCUGAUACCAUCCCCACAUUGAGCGAUCAUGGGGUAGGCCUGUACGAUUUAGCCAACAUGUUUUUGCUACAGGAUUUGAUGCCUUACUUAAGUGCUCCUCCAGAUUCAAGUCAGUUUGAAAUGGUAUGUGAGUGCUUGGCGGUCAGAGAAAGCAGUCUCUUGGAUAUUCCACUGCUCGAAGAUCUACACAUUGGUAAUCUAGAACCUUUACCGACAUUCUCGGAUGCAUUUAAAAUGAAAAACAAAGAAACUGAGAAUAAUGAUGAAAAGCUAAAUGAAAAUAAUCAAUUAGCAGACGUAGUUGAUAGAAUUGCAUCUGCUACAACAAUGGAGACAAACACAUUACCUCCGACAUUUAUGCAAGGGACAAAUUCGACGACACUUUCUCAGAACAAAACCAAUCUAGAGAUACCAGGCUAUACCGAACUUUCGAAUGAAUCACAAUGGAAGCCAAUGGCUGUAACAGAAUCAUCAGCCAAGCCAAUAAUGGCUAAGGAAUCGCCGAGAAAGUCAUCACAUGCAACAGAAUCAUCAGCUAAGCCAAUAAUGGCGAAGGAAUCGCCGAGAAAGUCAUCACAUGUAACAGAAUCAUCAGCUAAACCAAUAAUGGCAAAGGAAUCGCCGAGAAAGUCAUCACAUGUAACAGAAUCAUCAGCUAAGCCAAUAAUGGCAAAGGAAUCGCCGAGAAAGUCAUCACAUGCAACAGAAUCAUCAAUGAAGCAGAUUUCUGCCCUGGCGUUGACCGAGACUUCCAAUAGUUCAAUAGACUCGCCUACUCAACAAAAUACAACGAAAGAAUCACCCAUUAAGAAAAAAAGAUCAAGAAACAAGAAAAAACAUAAGGAUAAAAACCGACCCAAGCAGCAACUAGAGAUAGAAUUGCUAGUCAAGCAGCAACCCUCGAUAGAAUCGCCAGUCAAACAGCAGCCCGCGAUAGAUUCGCCAGUCAAGCAGCAACUAGAGAUAGAAUCACCAAUUAAGCAGCAACCCUCGAUAGAAUCGCCAGUCAAACAGCAGCCCGCGAUAGAAUCGCCAGUCAAGCAGCAACCCGCGAUAGAAUCACCAGUCAAGCAGCAACCCUCUAUAGAAUCGCCAGUCGAGAAGCAACCCGCAAUAGAAUCGCCAGUCAAGCAGCAUCCCGCGAUAGAAUCACCAGUCAAGCAGCAUCCCGCGAUAGAAUCACCAGUCGAGCAGCAACUCGCUAUAGAAUCGCCAGUCGAGCAGCAACCCGCUAUAGAAUCGCCAGUCGAGAAGCAACCCGCAAUAGAAUCGCCAGUCAAGCAGCAUCCCGCGAUAGAAUCACCAGUCAAGCAGCAUCCCGCGAUAGAAUCACCAGUCAAGCAGCAUCCCGCGAUAGAAUCACCAGUCGAGCAGCAACCCUCUAUAGAAUCGCCAGUCGAGCAGCAACCCUCUAUAGAAUCGCCAGUCGAGCAGCAACCCUCUAUAGAAUCGCCAGUCGAGCAGCAACCCUCUAUAGAAUCGCCAGUCAAGCAGCAACCAACUAUAGAAUCGCCAGUCGAGCAGCAACCCUCUAUAGAAUCGCCAGUCGAGCAGCAACCCUCUAUAGAAUCGCCAGUCGAGCAGCAACCCGCUAUAGAAUCGCCAGUCGAGCAGCAACCCUCUAUAGAAUCGCCAGUCGAGCAGCAACCCUCUAUAGAAUCGCCAGUCGAGCAGCAACCCUCUAUAGAAUCGGCAGACGAGCAGCAACCCUCUAUAGAAUCACCAGUCGAGCAGCAACCCUCUAUAGAAUCGCCAGUCGAGCAGCAACCCUCUAUAGAAUCACCAGUCGAGCAGCAACCCGCUAUAGAAUCGCCAGUCAAGCAGCAACCCGCUAUAGAAUCGCCAGUCAAGCAGCAACCCUCUAUAGAAUCGCCAGUCGAGCAGCAACCCUCUAUAGAAUCGCCAGUCGAGCAGCAACUCGCUAUAGAAUCGCCAGUCAAGCAGCAACCCUCUAUAGAAUCGCCAGUCGAGCAGCAACCCUCUAUAGAAUCGCCAGUCAAGCAGCAACCAACUAUAGAAUCGCCAGUCGAGCAGCAACCCGCUAUAGAAUCGGCAGUCAAGCAGCAACCAAUUAUAGAAUCGCCAGUCGAGCAGCAACCCGCUAUAGAAUCGGCAGACGAGCAGCAACCCGCUAUAGAAUCGCCAGUCGAGCAGCAACCAACUAUAGAAUCGCCAGUCGAGCAGCAACCCGCUAUAGAAUCGCCAGUCGAGCAUCAACCCGCUUUAGAAUCGCCAGUCGAGCAGCAACCCUCUAUAGAAUCACCAGUCGAGCAACAACCCGCUAUAGAAUCGCCAGUCGAGCAGCAACACUCUAUAGAAUCGCCAGUUGAGCAGCAACCCUCUAUAGAAUCGCCAGUCGAUCAGCAACCAACUAUAGAAUCGCCAGUCGAGCAGCAACCCGCUAUAGAAUCGCCAGUCGAGCAGCAACCCGCUUUAGAAUCGGCAGUCGAGCAGCAACCCUCUAUAGAAUCACCAGUCGAGCAGCAACCCGCUAUAGAAUCGCCAGUCGAGCAGCAACCCGCUAUAGAAUCGGCAGUCGAGCAGCAACCCGCUAUAGAAUCGCCAGUCAAGCAGCAACCAACUAUAGAAUCGCCAGUCGAGCAGCAACCCGCUAUAGAAUCGCCAGUCAAGCAGCAACCAACUAUAGAAUCGGCAGUCGAGCAGCAACCCGCUAUAGAAUCGCCAGUCAAGCAGCAACCAACUAUAGAAUCGCCAGUCGAGCAUCAACCCGCUUUAGAAUCGCCAGUCGAUCAGCAACCCUCUAUAGAAUCGCCAGUCGAGCAGCAACCCUCUAUAGAAUCGGCAGUCGAGCAGCAACCCGCUAUAGAAUCGCCAGUCGAGCAGCAACCCUCUAUAGAAUCGCCAGUCGAGCAGCAACCCUCUAUAGAAUCGCCAGUCGAGCAGCAACCCGCUAUAGAAUCGCCAGUCAAGCAGCAACCCGCUAUAGAAUCGCCAGUCAAGCAGCAACCAACUAUAGAAUCGCCAGUCGAGCAGCAACCCGCUAUAGAAUCGCCAGUCGAGCAGCAACCCGCUAUAGAAUCGGCAGUCGAGCAGCAACCCGCUAUAGAAUCGCCAGUCAAGCAGCAACCUGCUAUAGAAUCGCCAGUCGAGCAGCAACCCUCUAUAGAAUCGGCAGUCGAGCAGCAACCCGCUAUAGAAUCGCCUGUCAAGCAGCAACCAACUAUAGAAUCGCCAGUCGAGCAGCAACCCGCUAUAGAAUCGCCAGUCAAGCAGCAACCAACUAUAGAAUCGCCAGUCGAGCAGCAACCCGCUAUAGAAUCGCCAGUCGAGCAGCAACCCGCUAUAGAAUCGGCAGUCGAGCAGCAACCCGCUAUAGAAUCGCCAGUCAAGCAGCAACCAACUAUAGAAUCGGCAGUCGAGCAGCAACCCGCUAUAGAAUCGCCAGUCGAGCAGCAACCCGCUAUAGAAUCGCCAGUCAAGCAGCAACCAACUAUAGAAUCGCCAGUCGAGCAGCAACCCGCUAUAGAAUCGCCAGUCGAGCAGCAACCCGCUAUAGAAUCGGCAGUCGAGCAGCAACCCGCUAUAGAAUCGCCAGUCAAGCAGCAACCUGCUAUAGAAUCGCCAGUCGAGCAGCAACCCUCUAUAGAAUCGGCAGUCGAGCAGCAACCCGCUAUAGAAUCGCCAGUCAAGCAGCAACCCGCUAUAGAAUCGGCAGUCGAGCAGCAACCCGCUAUAGAAUCGCCAGUCAAGCAGCAACCAACUAUAGAAUCGCCAGUCGAGCAGCAACCCGCUAUAGAAUCGCCAGUCGAGCAGCAACCCGCUAUAGAAUCGGCAGUCGAGCAGCAACCCGCUAUAGAAUCGCCAGUCGAGCAGCAACCCGCCAUGGAAUUGCCAGUCGAGCAGCAACCAUCCAUGGAAUCGCCAGUCGAUCAGCAACCCGCCAUGGAAUCGCCAGUCGAGCAGCAACCCGCCAUGGAAUCGCCAGUCGAUCAGCAACCCGCCAUGGAAUCGCCAGUCGAGCAGCAACCCGCCAUGGAAUCGCCAGUCGAGCAGCAACCCGCCAUGGAAUCGCCAGUCGAGCAGCAACCCGCCAUGGAAUCGCCAGUCGAGCAGCAACCCGCCAUGGAAUCGCCAGUCGAGCAGCAACAGUCUCCAACAGACUCUCUUCCCAAGCAAAAAACUGCAACGGAUUUUUCAGCCAAGCAAAAACCCAUGAAUGACAAUCUAACCAUGCAAAAGUCUGAUGCAUAUACUUCGGACAUGCAAAAACCUUUGACAGACUGUAAAGACAAGCAAAAACCCGCAGCAGACUCUCCUUCUAAGCAAAAAACUACAUUUAAGUCUUCAGAAAUACAAACAUCUGCAACGCUGUCUCCGGCUAUGAAAACAUCAGAUUUGCAGAGCACAGCUAAUGUAGACUCGAACACAGCUAUUGCUUCAGUAACUUCGCCUUUUAAAAUACCUUUACCGUCAGAGACUUUACCACUGCAAGAGCCUGAGGUAAAUAUGGCGCAUGUAACGGAUAUUUUAUCUUUUACAGAACAAAUGCAUACAGCAAUUGAAAAAUAUUUUACACCAAACAAAGAAGAUUUCGAUUUUCUUCAUCAGCAAAGUCCACAAGACGCUGGAAAUGGCCAUUUGGUGGACAAAGAAAUACCUAAUCCUGAUCAGGGCUCUAUAAAUAUAGUUGUCAGUUCUUCUGGGGCAGCCUUUGACUCAAUGCCAAAGUAUAGCCCAACUAUUCGAAGGGCCGGGCCUCGCAAGGGGCCAGUUUUGUGCUUUGAUUGCGACGGCGAAGGAUGCGGGGACCCCAAGAAAGAAUGCUAUGCGAAUGGGUUCGCAGAGAGCAUCUAUGACGAGCUAAACAGUCACCUCUCCGACUCCUCCGACUCCACAAGCUGCGAACUGGGUGAGUAUGAAGACGACAAUCUGGAGAGCGUGGAUGACCUCUUGGACGAUGACAUUGACCUAUCACCUCCACCGACCCAUCAAAGAACUUUGGAGAGGAUUGUACGGGGCACUGAUGACAGCAGAGAAUUAAGUACCAGAAAACAAAGAAGGCCACGCCCCCACCUCAGCGAAAACUUAAAAAGAUGUCUGAACUGCCGUCGCAGAAUGGGGAAGCUGUUGGUGUGUAGGCAGUGUGACACUGCCACCUACUGCAGCCAAAUGUGCCAGAAGGAGGACUAUCAGAAGCACCGAGUGGAGUGUAAACGUGUAGUCAAGUGGAACUGCGCCUGUCAUAGACUUGGUGAUUAUAUGGUCAAGUACCUGACAAAUCAGCACCUGAAAGUUAUCACCGAGUUCAGGCAAAUCCCAGACUGUUAUCAAUCUCUACAAGGUUACAACAGAGCAGUACUGUGUGAAUUGGCAGGACGAUGUGAUUACUAUCCAAAAGAGGAUUAUGCUAUCUUUAUACGGGAUGAAACAGGCAUGGAAAUUCCUCUAGUUAUCAGUGUGGAUAAAUCGUAUUAUACCUCCCAGCACUCCAAAGAGGAGAUUCCUUUCCCCCAGCUGUUUCAACCAGGGCGCUUCCUCGUUGUUCUACACCCGGUGUGGGUGCUGCUCUGUGACUUCCGGGAAGGACUGCGUUUGACUGAUCUGCGUAGUCUCUUGUUAGUGAAAUACUUCAGUGAGUUGUAGGUGUUGAUCUUAGAAGUACCCUAGGUGUAGAUACUGACUACUGAAAAGUACCUGAAGUGUAGAUGUCGAUCGUUGAGAAGUACCUGAGAUAAAGACUGCUGAGUAGUACCUGAUGUGUAGCUGCUGACUGUGGAAAAUAGCCACAAUGCUUGUUUUUUCAACCUAAAUUUACAUAGUAUUUAUCUUAAUUUUUAAAUUUUCAUUCACAAAUUGUAAUUUUACAUUUAGCCUACAAAUUUAAUGCCUAUUUUUUUAUUAUGACA